UUAAUUUUAGACUGGCCAUGCUAGCAUCUUGUAUAGAAGCUAGUAAUUUCGAUAUGACGAAGAGGUUAAAGUAAUUUCAACAGAAUGUUACAAGAAUGAUGGAGUCUUUCCUUGUUUAUCACCAUGAACAGAUUGCAUAUGGUUAUGCCUGCAAACCUUGUAACAUCAAUUACACGCCAAUGCCAAACACAUCAAUUAGGGCUCGCAAUCUCCCAGGGAUUGCGUUGUAAUCUCAUGUUUGCAGCUACUUUUCAAUCGAACACUGUUCUCCAAGAUUACCCAAUUCAAGAUCCAAAGGAAAAUCACAUUUGUGUUGACAUUGACAAAGUUUUGGAUGCACCGGAAACAAUAGACACUGUAUAUCAACAAGAUAUUUCUAUAAAUAUCUGCUCAGAUCGUUGUAGUUCUCUCUUGCAGGAAUGUACCAAGGCGGGUUCUCUCGAAGAUGGCAAAGUGAUUCAUGGUCGAUUGAUUAAGUGUGGAAUUAUGGGAAAGGAUAUAUUUUUGGAAAAUAAGGUUUUAAACAUGUAUGCUAAAUGCAAUUGCUUUCAGGAUGCGCGUCAAAUGUUUGACAAAAUGCUUGAACGAAACAUUGUCUCGUGGACUGCACUAAUUUCAGGAUACGUUCAACAUGGGAAUGCUAGGGAGGCUUUCGAAUUGUUUCACAGGUUGCAAUGGACAGGGAUCAGUGCCAAUCAGUACACCUUUGGUAGCAUUCUCAGUGCUGCUGCUGCGAUAGACGAUGCAUAUGGAAAAUGCCACAUGGUUGAUGGAUGCGCCGUUAGGGUUGGAAGGAUGAUUCAUGGGUGCACAGUUAGAACUGGAUUUGAGUCUGAUGUCAUCGUGGGGAACGCUCUUGUAGCUAUGUAUAUGAAAUCUAACAAAAUGGAUGAUGCGUACCAAGUGUUUGACAAAAUGCCUGAGAGAGAUGUUGUUUCAUGGAACUCAUUGAUUGCAGGAUAUGCUCGGAGUGGAUAUGUAGAGGAUGCUAUUAAAUUUGUUCAUGAAAUGCAGCGGGCAGGUGUGAGACCAGAUCACUUUACCUUCGUGAAUGUGCUUGGGGUUUGCCAGAAUAUACAUGAUUUACAGCAUGGUAAGCAGGUGCAUGGCUAUUCUAUAAUUGGAUUCAUGUCAGAUAUUGUGGUCAACAAUGCUCUUAUUACCAUGUAUAUUAAAUGUGGUUGUUUGGAGGAUGGAAGGAAGGUUUUCGAUAAACUGCCUGAUAAAUCUGUGGUAUCAUGGACUGCCAUGAUUUCAGGCUAUGUUCAGCAGUGUCUUAAUGAGGAGGCUAUAGAAUCUUUUUGGGAAAUGUUGCAGGCUAGAGUGAAGCCAAAUCAUUUUACCCUUUCCAGCGUUCUCCGUGCAUGUGGCAGCUUAGCAGCUUUGGAGCAUGGAAGGCAAGUUCAUUCUUAUGCUAUUAGGGAUGUGGCCGAAUUCACUGCAUUUGUUAGAAAUACUCUUAUCACUAUGUAUUCUGAAUGUGGGAGCAUUGGUAAUGCAAGGAAAAUAUUUGAAAAAAUGCGUGAAAGAGAGUUGGUAACUUGGAAUGCGAUGAUAGGGGGAUACGCUCAGCACGGUUAUGGAAAGGAAGCCUUGAAAUUAUUUGAAACAAUGAGAAGGGAAAACAUGCAGCCAGAUCCUGUCACGUUUGUCGGGGUUCUUUCUGCUUGUAGUCAUGAAGGCCUAGUGGAUGAAGGACGGUGUUUCUUCGAAAUGAUGAGUCGAACUUAUGGUAUAUUUCCUGGAGUGGGCCACUAUGCUUGUAUGGUUGACAUUCUUGGACGUGCUGGGCAUUUCAAUGAGGCAGAGAAUUUGAUCAAGAACAUGCCAUUUGAACCUGAUGCUGCAGUCUGGGGAGCCUUGAUGGGUGCCUGCAGAAUCCAUGGAAACUUGGAACUAGGAAAGCAUGCAGCAGAAUGGCUUUAUGUGUUGGAGCCAGAAAACACUGCUGCUCAUGUGCUACUGUCACAGAUGUAUGCCACUGCUGGCAAAUGGGAUGACGCAGCAAGGGUUAGAAAAUCAAUGAGAAACAGGGGUUUGCAAAAAAGGAGGCCUGGAUGCAGUUGGAUUGAGGUCGGGAAUGAGAUUCAUUCAUUUAUUAUGGAGGACAGAUGAUACCCAAGACGACAAGAUGUGCACAUUACUGGACAUUUUGAACGGGCGAAUCAGAGAGGCAGAAUACUUUUUGACAGCAAUUUUGUAUGACAUCACAUGACAAAUGACCAUUGCUUUUAGUUUUUCCAGGCAUACAGCCUAAGAUAGAAAUUGAGAUCAUCUAGCAUCUUUUUGUGUCAUACUGGAUGUUAUAAAGUGCAUCCCUGCCAGAUGAAGACUUAAUUUUAGUCAAAAACCACUAAUAUUCUGAGAACAAAAGGCUAUCACCAGUAUUUUAUGUAUUUUCUUGGAUUUGAUAGGAAUUUGAUGGACCAAUUGUGUGAAGAAGUCAGCAUGCACGAGUUGGGCUAGAGAAAUACAAUUUUAACAACAGUUGCCAAUUUAGAUUCACGACAGAGUCCUAUUAGUUAUUACACGAGACUGUCAUCUAGCAAGUGAUGGGAAGAGACAGACUCUCUCAUUGUAGCAAUAAACAUGCCAAAUUAUGUUAUUUGUGAGGAUAGACACAGCUAAUGAAUAGAAGAACAUCUACGAUACUAUAAUUAUUAUGGGUACUCAAUGGAUAAAAGUACCCAGGGAAAGUCACCAAGAAAAGUGGUUGCAAUAAAAUGGCAAUUGAGAAGGUAUAGAGAUAGCAAGACAAAAAAAAUUUGGAUCAGCAAGUUGAGAUUGAAGGAAGGAAAUUAAUGAAGGAAAUACCAAAAAGGAUAUAGUGAAUUGAAUCUUUGUACCAUCCACAAAGAUGAUUUUUAUAAUGUUGUUUUCUAGUUAAAAGGGAAAUGACAGAGAACAGUGAAACAACGUGCACAACAAAUCGACUUUUAGAUAUUCUUUUCACUAUUCUAAGUAAAAUGAAAAUCUGUAAAUAAUGAUGGAAAGUAUAUCCUAAAUAAUGAUGAAUUUACUGAAGUAUGAUUCUACAUAGAAUGUAAGAAACCACAUUUCGUCAAUAGCAAUAACUACAAUCGAGGAGGCGCUUGCUAGGCAUCUAUUUGGGCAACAGCAAUUUUUCUGCAGGCAGCUUGAGGAAGCUUUCAGGGAAGUGGACAAAUCGGGCCACCAAUGCAGCGGCCUGAAUGGGAGGCAACAACUUAGGAAUUCCUGUAAGAAAAGGUUGCAGUGGAAUGCAAUAACUGAAAAACUUGAUCUUCUUUCGAGGUAGUUAAAUAAUGCUUAGAGUAGGGUGAGAAAAUUGUAAUAUUUCUCUACGGUGAGAUAAUUAUAUCUCUUACUCCAUUUGCAAUCUUCUCUUAUGCACCCUAGACACCUUUGCUAACUAGUGUGAUUGAUUAUUGAAUACUCCAUGUGAUCCUGUACCUUUCUAGGUUGGUUCCUUGUAAUAAGAGCCAACAUUUUUAAGUUGGCAUUCCCUUUGUAAUUGGAUAUAAAAUUGGCCUUUGUUGUUUGAA